AUGUUUGAGGUUAUGAAGGUUCUAAGAGCAAAAAAGUAUGCAAAGACAAAGAAGCAUCAAAGUGAAACUACUAAAGAGACGAAGAAGCCAUCAGUGGAGAAGAAGAUUGCUGAAGAAUCUGACAAGAAUCAGAAUCAUCUGGAAACGAAAGAAGAGAAACAACGUUCAGUGUUAACGAGUUCAGCUUCGUCGAAAUCAAAAACAUGGAGGCCAUCACUGCAGAGCAUCUCUGAAGCUACGAGUUGA